UAUUAUCUAUCAGAUCCUAAAGUUAUAAAAGGAACCAGCAGAGUAUGACUAUACAUGAGCAGCUGCAAUCAUUGAAAAUGACAAAUCAAAUAUUCGACUUUUUACCACCUACACCAAAUGAUAGUGGCCCUGAUUCCAAUGUGUUCAAGUUUCUUGUUUCAACAUGUGGUGUGAAUGGUGUAGACAGCUAUAUUAUGUAUCUAAUGAGGGCCCUCUACCAAGUACAGAUGAGUCCUGCAGUUAUCUGUUACAUUACUACAGACCACAAGAUAAAUCACAACCAGGAACAAAUUUCAAAGAAACCAGAAUACGACUACCACUUGCUAUGUUGGAUCUAAACACAUUGAGUAAUCUUUGUAUCCAUUCAAGAUAUUUGUUUUGAGCUUUUCCACUCAUUGUGUCCUAUGAUACUUUUGGUCGUAAAUCGUAGCCGUAUGUACAAGCGCUAGAGCACGAUAACAUAUGCUCCCCGAACCGUUAAGGUUUCAUCCGCUUGAAUUUAGAUAGCUUUAAGGUUCCAAUAUCCAGCAUUACAGUGUUGAGAUGCCGAUAUCUGAUGUUUCUAGUGAUCUUACAAUAGAAGUAGGAGCUGCCAGUUUUGCUCUUCACAAGUUUCCUCUAGUUUCUCGAAGCGGAAGAAUUAGAAAGCUGCUGCUAGAGGCCAAAGAUACAAAGAUUUCAAGACUUAAUCUUACCGGUCUUCCUGGUGGAUCUGAUGCAUUUGAACUUGCUGCUAAGUUCUGUUAUGGUGUGAACGUUGAGAUUACCAUAUCAAACGUGGCGAUGCUAAGAUGUGCAUCCAAGUUCAUGGAAAUGAACGAAGAUAUCUCCGAGAAAAACCUGGAAAUUCGUACUGAAGUAUUCCUUAAAGAUACAGUAUUCCCAAGCAUAUCCAACUCGAUAUCUGUUCUUCAUCGCUGUGAAACACUACUACCGGCAUCUGAAGAAGUCAAUCUCGUUAGUCGAUUAAUCAAUGCAAUUGCAAACAAUGCUUGUAAAGAGCAACUAACAUCUGGUUUGUCAAAGCUGGAGCAUCACUUCCCACCCAAACCUGUUCAAAGCCUUGAUUCUGAGACACCAAUAGACUGGUGGGGAAAAUCAUUGACUGUGCUAAAUCUAGAUUUUUUCCAGAGAGUUGUAUCUGUAGUGAAGUCAAAGGGUCUUAAACAAGACAUUAUCAGCAGAAUUUUGAUAAAUUAUGCCCAAAAUUCACUUCAGGGACUUUUCAUCAAGGAUCCUCAGUUGGUUAAAGGAAGUUUCUUGGAUUUGGAUUUGCAGAAAAGGCAAAGGGUUGUCGUCGAAACAAUAGCUAGCUUACUACCAACACAAUCCAGGAAAAGUACAGUCCCAAUGGCUUUUCUUUCAAGUUUGUUAAAAUCUGCAAUAGCAGCGUCAGCAUCCACUUGUUGCAGAUCUGAUCUAGAGAGGCGCAUUAGUCUGCAGCUAGAUCAGGCAAUUCUAGAAGAUAUUCUCAUACCUGCAAAUCCACAUGGGAACAAUCACAGCCCUCUCUACGACAUAGAUUCUAUUUUGAGGAUCUUUUCCUUUUUCUUGAAUUUGGAUGAGGAUGAUGAAGAGGACAACACACUGAGAGAUGAAAGCGAAAUGGUUUACGACUUUGAUAGUCCUGGAUCUCCCAAACAUAGCUCAAUGGUUAAGGUGUCAAAGUUAUUGGACAAUUUUCUAACAGAAGUUGCACUCGAUUCUAACCUCACUCCAUCGAAGUAUAUUGCACUGGCUGAGUUACUUCCAGACCACGCCCGUCUAGUUUAUGAUGGAUUAUACCGAGCUGUAGAUAUUUUCCUCAAGGUUCAUCCCAACAUUAAGGACUCUGAACGCUAUCGACUCUGUAAAACUAUUGAUUGCCAGAAACUAUCACAAGAAGCUUGCAGUCAUGCAGCUCAAAAUGAACGGUUGCCUGUUCAAAUGGCGGUCCAAGUGCUAUACUUCGAACAAAUCAGGCUGAGAAAUGCAAUGAAUGGGGGCCAUAAUCAGUUCUUUGGAAUGAAUAAUCAGUUCCCUCAGCGAUCAGGCAGCGGAGCAGGAAGCGGAUGCAUCUCUCCGAGAGAUAACUACGCAUCAGUCAGGAGAGAAAAUAGAGAACUGAAGCUCGAGGUUGCAAGAAUGAGAAUGAGGCUUACAGAUUUAGAGAAAGAUCAUGUUUCCAUGAAACAGGAGCUAGUAAAGUCACAUCCUGCCAAUAAGUUAUUCAAGUCAUUCACAAAGAAAUUAAGCAAGCUCAAUGCACUAUUCCGAAUAAGAGAUUUAAAGCCAAUAGGGGGGAAAGCUAACUCAGAAAGCCGGUUACUUUUUCAGAAGAGAAGGCGCCAUUCGGUUUCUUGAUGCUCCACUCUAAUGUGAAUAAGAAAGAGUAUAUAGUGUUUCACAGUGCUGAUUUUGGAGGAUGUUGAUGUGUUGAGUGAAGUGUGUUUUGAUUGUAACCUUGAAAGAAGAGACUCACUCAAACUUUUACUAUAAAGGUAUAUAAACAAGUGUGAGUUUUUUUAGCUUCAUGUAGUUAGCUUACACGAUCACCGAGAAAAUUUUACAAUGUGAUCCAUUGCUCUUCCCCAAUAUUUCUUAUACUCGUUUGAUAUUGCAUGCAACUUGUCAUAAGACAGUAGUUAUUGUUAUAAGUGUGCUCAGGAGUUUCAUGGCUACUCAGUAUCACCUGUGCCAUAACGAACACACCUAGCUACAAGCUUUCAAAGUCUUUCUGUAUGUGUAGGAACUUUUGUGAAAUUUUCAGCCCUGGUGACUCUUGAUGAAUUCA